GUGCCAUGCAAAAGCUUGUCCACUAGGAGGUGGUGUUGUCUACGAGCUGGAGGGUGUGUGCGUUCCCGCAGCAACAGGGAAGAUGGCAGCUCUCACAUCUCUCACCCAGCUGUCAAGUGGGAACCCUGUGUACGAGAACUUUUAUAGACAGGUGGACCCAGGAAACACGGGGAGAGUAGGGCCCACGGAAGCUGCGUUGUUCCUGAAGAAAUCUGGCCUUCCUGAUGUCACCUUGGGAAAGAUCUGGGAUUUGGCAGACCCAGAUGGGAAAGGGUUCUUGGACAAACAGGGGUUCUAUGUAGCUCUGCGGUUGGUGGCCUGUGCACAGAGCGAACAAGACGUCAGCCUCACUAGUCUGAACCUCACUAUCCCUCCCCCAAAAUUUAAGGACACAAGCAGCCCAUCGCUCAGCACAUCAUCCAUCUCUAGUGAACCCCACUGGGCUGUGAGGCCCGAAGAAAAGGGUAAAUUCGAUGGGAUAUUUGAAAGUCUUGCACCAGUCAGUGGACUGCUCUCUGGUGACAAAGUAAAACCAGUUCUAAUCAACUCAAAACUACCUCUGGACGUGUUAGGAAAGGUUUGGGAUCUUAGUGACAUUGAUAAAGAUGGACAUCUGGAUCGAGAUGAGUUUGCUGUGGCCAUGCACCUGGUCUAUCGGGCCCUGGAGAAGGAGCCGGUCCCCUCUGUUCUCCCCUCCUCUCUCAUCCCUCCGAACAAGAGGAAGAAGUCUCUGGUUGGCUCCCUCCCUGGUGGCACCGUGCCUGUGCUGCCCGCCAGCCCCCCGCCCCCCAAGGACAGCCUGCGCUCCACCCCUUCCCACGGCAGCAUGAACUCCCUCAACAGUGCCGGCAGCCUCUCCCCCAAACACACACUCAAAUCUGCACAGCACUCAGUGAACUGGGUGGUCCCGGUGACAGACAGAGGACGCUUUGAUGAAAUCUUCCUGAAGACAGACUUGGAUCUGGAUGGCUUUGUCAGCGGAAUGGAAGUCAAGGACAUCUUCAUGCACUCAGGGCUGCCCCAGAACCUACUGGCACAUAUAUGGGCCCUGGCAGACACCAGGCAGAUGGGGAAGCUGACGCGGGAGCAGUUUGCUCUGGCCAUGCACUUCAUCCAGCAGAAAGUCAGCAAAGGCAUGGACCCUCCUCAGGCCCUGACCCCUGACAUGAUCCCCCCUUCAGAGAGGGGCACUCCCGUUCCAGUGUGUACCACUCCCUCCCAUAGUAUGUCUGGGUAUGUGACCCCUGUGAGCUCUGAGAUGGCUGCUCUGUCUGAGAUGAGGCGGGACAGCUCCAGUUCUGUUGGGUCAGGGUCAGAGUUCACUGGAAUCAAGGAGCUUGAUGACAUCAGUCAAGAGAUCGCUCAGCUGCAGAGGGAGAAAUUCACCCUGGAGCAGGACAUCAGAGAUGCUGAGGAGGCCAUCAGACACAAGUCCUCAGAGGUGCAGGAGAUGCAGAACGACCUGGACAGAGAGACGUGCAGUCUGCAGGAGCUGGAGGCCCAGAAGCAGGAUGCCCAGGAGCGGCUGGAGGAGAUGGACCAGCAGAAGGCCAAGCUGGAGGACAUGCUCAACGAAGUCAGGAUCCAGUGCAACGAGGAGUCCCAAAUGAUCUCAUCUCUGCAGAACCAGAUCCACUCCCAGGAGACAGACCUGCAGAGCCAGGAGGAGGAACUGAGCCGGGCUAAAGCAGACCUGAACCGGCUGCAGUUGGAGGAGAGCCAGAUGGAACAGAGCCUGACUGCCGGCAAGUUCCAGCUGGAGACCAUCAUCAGGUCCCUCAAAGCUACCCAGGACGAGAUCAACCAGGCUCGCAGUAAGCUGUCUCAGAUCCAGGACAGCCAGCAGGAGAUGAAUAAGAGCAUUGAGCAGUACAACAGCACCUUGAAUGGGACCCACAGAGGCAGCAUGACCAACCUGGCUGACAUGAGCGAGGGAUUCCCCGACCGCGAGAACGGAGACUUCGGCGCCAUGGAGGACCCGUUCAAGGUGAAUACAUCUGGGUUCAAUAGCGUCCCUCAGGAGAUGCACACAGACCCCUUUCACUCCGAAGACCCCUUCAAGACAGACCCAUUCAAAGGUGACCCCUUCCAAAAUGACCCUUUUGCAAAGCAGUCAUCACUACCACCUGCUGCAGAUCUCUCUCUCCACCCAGACCCCUUUGGGGGGGACCCCUUCAAGGAGACGGACCCCUUCAAGGCCUCGUCAGAAGACUUCUUCAAGAAGACCACCAUCAAGGCAGACCCCUUCAGCACCACCGACCCCUUCAGUAAAAGUGCCACCCUCCCCACCAAGACAAGUCAUUUUACAAGCAGCGCAGACCCUUUCUUAUCCAUUAGCCCAAAACCCACCAGAGGCCCAGGACCAGAUCUCUUUGGUACUCUGGACCCCUUUGGAAGCAGCACUGCUUUUGGAGGCAGUACCAGCUCAUUUGGCAGUAUCAGUAACAGUGGGUUUGCAGACUUCAGCCAAAUGUCAAAGGUCAGAGACCCAAUGGAAGGAAGAGGAGGUUUCCCAGAAUACCAGCAGUCGGGGUUUGUAGAAGACCCCUUCAGUAGGAAUCAGGACGGCCCAGCUCUGCCGCCCAAGAUGAGUGUUCCCCCCAGACCCAAACCUCCCAGUGGUAAAAGCAGCCCUGUCAACUUGCCUGGAGGAGCGGGUGACUUGGCCAAGCCCUGCGACCCCUUCCAGCCAUUCGGCAGUGACGCCAUCGACCCAUUUCAGAGUAAAAAGGUGGUCGGAGACCCCUUUAGUGGCAAAGACCCCUUUGCUCCUUCUGCCUCAAGUAAAGCCUCUAAAGACUCUUCCUUGGGUUUUGCAGACUUCAGUUCUGACCAGAAAAGGUUAAGUUUGGAAAUGAGGCUCAGCAACUGGAAUGGGCGAAGCGAGAGAGUGAGCGAGCGGAGCGGGAGCGGCUGAAGAGACUCCGGCAGCAGGAGCAAGAGGACUUAGAGCUGGCCAUCGCUCUCAGCAAGGCCGAGAUGUCCCAUGGGUGACCUGGAUUGGACUGGACACACACACACACACACACACACACACACACACACACACACACACACACACACACACACACACAUCCCACUGCACAAAAACUGGUUGAAUCAACGUUGUUUCCACAUCAUUUCAACAAAAAAUAAAUACGUGAUGACAUUGAAUUAACGUUGAAAACUCAUUGGAUUUGUAAAAAGUCAGUAACGUAAGGGUAUUUAGUAUUUUUUUCAACCAACUUUUAACCUAAAUCCAAUGACAUGGGGAUUUUUUUGUUGAUUUCAUGUUGAGUUCACGUUAGUUGACAACUCAAAGAAAUGUAAAUCAAAACUAGACGUUGAACUGAAUUCUGUGCCCAGUGGGAUGCCCACACACAUAGAGAUACAGACACAUAUAGACAAACACACACAUAGAGAUACAGACACAUAUAGACAAACACACACAUAGAGAUACAGACACAUAUAGACAAACACACACAUAGAGAUACAGACACAUAUAGACAAACACACACAUAGAGAUACAGACACAUAUAGACAAACACACACACAGAGAUACAGACACAUAUAGACAAACACACACAUAGAGAUACAGACACAUAUAGACAAACACACAGAUAGACAUACUCUUACUAGCAUUACUUGGACACAUACACAUACAUAACACAUGCGUGUACGACUCACACACCAUACCCCAUCACACUGUGAAGGACCUGGAGCUGGCCAUUUCUCUCAGGGCCGAUGUGCCCAACACAUGACCGCUUCCUAAACCACACACACAGACACAUACCACCGCCACAACACACAUACACACGCCAUCUGAUACGCACACACAGAAACAAACACGUCACCACACAAUCUCUGGAUGGACAAAUUCUCAAAGCAAAAAAAAAUACAAAACAGAACUUUUGGGGUUAUCCUGGGCCCUAAGUGGACACCAGUGGUGUAGUGGUGUAGUGGUGUAGUGAAGGGGAAACUCUAGUAAAUGCAGUUUACCAACCUUUUUUAUUUUUUGUGACAGUUAAUCCACUUUUUGCGGAAAAAUGCAUUACUUUUUUCACCACGACCGGUGAUCAGAGUUUACCAACCAAUUUGUUUACCACUACAUCACUGGUGGAAAUGGAACUGGAUUUGACUUUACGAUAGUAGGUUGGAGUUGGAGUGGGAGAUUGAAGCCAACAAUCACAAUCUCUCUUACUGUUUUUAAUUGAUAGGUGGGGAGGGGAAAAGAUGAUGACCCGUGGUUUUAGAAUGAACUGAUGCACUGUUAAAAUGCACUAUAGAGGCUGGCUCAACAUGAAAGAUGUAAAGAUGAACAUAAUAUGUGUUGGUUUGGUGAAUGAGCAUGAAUCGCAACUAGAGCUCUGACAGAUGUGAAAAAGGGAAUACCUAAAGGUUAUGCUGGAAUGCUUAUUAAGAUUGAGACAUUAUUUUAGUAUUGGUUUAUUAUGUGAAUGUGGCAAGCCAGUGGCAGGGUUCUCUGACUGGCUACUGUAAGUGUUGUGUGAGAGAGAGGUCUGUUUGGACCAGAACAAACUGUACAGAUAUAUUUUCUUUCUCUUUGAGUGUGAGAUAGUAGAUGCAUUGUUUUGACAACAAUUCAGUGCUUCUUCAGCGAACAUAGGAAGAAGGAAUGGGUACUUAGCUGUGCCUCCUCUGAAAGUUCAAGUAAGUUCACAAAGCUGUGAUGUAUAUCAAACAACAACCAAAAAGGCGAGAUGAGGGAAAUUAUUUCAAGUUUUAUUGUUUUAUUAUAGAGUUUUUUUAUUAUAAUUUUUUUUAUUAUGUGAUGUGUUAUUUUAUUAUUUUAGGUAUUAUUUGUUAAAAGACAGAAAAAUGUUGUUUAUUACGAUUCUAGUUGAAAAGAGCUGCCAAAAAUUACAAACCUACAAGCACAAGCUGCAGAGAGGUUAAAGAAAGUUAGAAAUGGCCUGUGGUUUUCUUCAGCUAACCAUCAAUGAUAUGCAAAUUCAUUAGGUCACAUGAGUUUCACAGCUAUAACUGGAAUAUUCCGCUGUUUACGGUACAGUGUGUCAUAGUUUGAUGUUACAACUUGGGCUCAACCACUUUUAUUUAUAGCUGCUUUGUCUUUUACUUGAAACUCCUUGCUGAUGGUACUGCCUGCUUAGCACAUUACACCUGUGGGUUUUGCUUCACUUUCACCUUAAUUAAGCUUUGAAUUGAACUGAAUAGAGAUGAUGAUGAUAGCAGCUGAGGUCCUAAUCAUAUGAAAAGGACACUUACAUUAAUUGCCCCAGUGUUCUAUGUUUUCCUGUUGUACUGAACUGUAUGUGUCCUACAUUGACUUUUAUAAGCUUCCAUGUAAUAUCAUUGUUGUCACCUACUAUUGUACUAGGCUGAGUGAAAAGACCUCACCUAACUAUAUGGGAUGUUGUGAAAAUGCAUUAUGAAAGUUACAUCCCCUUUGGGUUGGAAAAUGACAUGAUUUAAGUUACAAUUCAGUGGUAUGGGCCGUUAACGCUGCCACAAGGUGGAAAUAGAAACCAUCUCUCCGUAACAUUUAUUUGUUCAUGUUUACAUAUCAAACUUAUUUGCUCUAGUGGUUAAAACAGUGUAAUUAUACUCUAUGUGAAGAACCGGUUCUGGUACAGAUUUGACCUUUAACUGUGCUGCUGUGUAUAGCUGACUCACUGGGCAAAACUGGUUGAAUCAAUGUUGUUUCCACGUCAUUUUAACAAAAAAAUGUAUGUGAUGACGUUGAGUCAAUGUAGAAAAAAGUCAUCAACGUGAGGGAAUUUGGUAUUUUGGGUUAGGGUUAGGGUAACCUAACAAAGCAGGGGUAAAAGAAACGCCUGAAACUAGAUCCACUACAUAGUGGUCUUGACCAGAAGAAAAAAAACUGUUGGGGGAGGUUCUCUUCUGCACUGUUCAACCAAUCCAGUAAAUGUGGUGGAGGAGUUAAGAUGGUGCGCCGUGUCUUGUUAACGCCUAAAUGUGGAAGUCGCUUCACAGGCUCUUUUUCCAUUUCCCCUUAAAACCGGAACAUCGGUUUUUUGGGUACUCGGCAGAGGCUAGGGUUAGGGUACCCCUAACCCUAACUUUUAACGUAAAUCAAAUGACAUGUUGAAUUUUUGUUGUUGAAUUCAUGUUAGUUGACAACUCAACCAAAUGUAAAUCAAAACUAGACGUUGAACUGAUAUCUGUGCCCAGUGGGGAGGUAACCUGUCAUCGUCUGCAUUUGACCCUUGACCUUUUUGGCCCUACCUGUGGUGUUUUAAUCACAGGUCAGACUCUCGAAGCUUGGGAUGCCAACACUCCCGCCCUUACCCAGCCUGCUCUAUGUCAGAACCCCUGCAGUGUGCCUUCGGGUUAGGGGAAAUCCACAGUGAGGGUGUUUGGUUGGUCGGAGACUCAGCCACAGCUCUCUGUUCAUUGGUCAUUUCAUGGCCCUUUUUGUAUGCCUUGAAAAUACAUCCAUCCUUUCUUACUCCAUUCUUUGAAGUUAGCCUAGCGGUUAAGAGCAUUGGGCCAGUAACUGAAAGGUUGCUGGUUUGAAUCCCUGAGCCGGCUAGGUGGAAACAAAUAUGCCAUUCUGCCCUUAAGCAAGACAGUUAACCCCCAACAACAACUGCUCCCUGGGCGCUGAUGAUGUCAAUUAAGGCAGCACCUCUGAUUCAGAGGGGUUGGGUUAAAUGCGGAUGACACAUUUCGCUUGAAUGCAUUCAGUUGUGCAACUGAUUAGGUCUUCCCUUGAUCUGACACUGUUGGAUUGGUGAAAGAAAGGGUUCCAUUAUGUAUCCCAAUCACCCAUCCAAUCAUGUCAGAUUAGGGAGGCAGGAUGGAAGGAUGCAUUUUGAGAGUAUUGAAAUAGGGCCGAACUGUUCUCUCAUACACUACCUAGUGUUCUCUACAUACUUACCACUCAUGCUGUAUUUUGACUUUGAUACCUACAUCGUGCAAUAGAUUUUAUUUCAUAUUUUUCUCGUUGUUCGUGUGCUAAAAAUACUUGUGAAUCCCAUUGGACUUUUAAUAUAUCUAUGCUUUUAAUAUGAGUGCCCUCUGCCCCAACUUGGCUGAGUUUGAUCUUACAUUCAGAGAUACAUGCAGAGGCCUAAUACAAGCCUAAACAGAUUGUAGAGAUUGUAGAGGACUUAUCUUUUGUUUUUCUGACAAAUGAUCUGACUUCUGAAGCUCGAUGCAUUCCAUUUUCUUUUGGUCUGCCUUUAAUUGUCCUUCCGCUGUAGAUGAGAAGAAAUAAUCAAAGCUGUCUUAAACGGUAUAUUAUGUCUGUUAUAUUUGUCCCAUAAGAAGUGAAAAAAUGUGCAACUUAAAACAUUUUGAGGAUAUAUGACUAUACACUAAGAGUAAAAAAAAAUGCUUGGAUUUAUUUUAAAUGUUAAUCCUAUGUACAUGGUCAUUGUUUACUAGAAUAAACAUUUCAUUUAAAUGAA